CGACAUCUCUUCUUUGCGCUUUAGAGAUGACUGAAGUGGAGCCAAUCAUUGUCAAAAGAAUUGGAGCCAAAUAUAUCUCUUAUUCGCAUACUCUUUUUGCAUACAGUGCCUUCUUAAUUGCGCUUGCCGUUGGCUGUUAUACACAUUAUUACAAGAUUGUACAAAAUGAAUACUUUGGAUACCCUGAUGAAUGGUUUCCAAGUGUCAGCGCAACUACCGGAGAUAGAUACCCUGCUCGUGCCAUCUUUCAAAUUUUCAUUGCACUGACCUCAGGGCCCCGGUUUGCACUUGUAUUCCUUUGGUACUUUUAUACAACGCAAUCUGCCAAGACAGUAUCAAAUGGGUUUGGCUUAUUUUUGUUGUCAGUGGGCAUCAUUAGAACUGUUGCAUGUGGUGGAUGGGUGUAUAUCACCUCUACAGACGAUCAUCUUACUCACGACAUUGCAAUGAUACUUUAUCUCCUUUGUACGUUACCAUGGCAGCUCGGUGUUCUUUACUCGAGCGCAAAGGCUAAUCAAACUGCUAUCAAAUGGAGAAGAUCUCUUACAUCGGCGUUUUUUAUCACAUUACCUCCAAUGAUUUAUUUCUUUAUUCAACACAAGGUUCAUAGAAUACCUGGAGCCUACACGACCUAUGCUUUCUUUGAGUGGUCCUUGAUAUUGUAUGAUGUCGCUUAUGAUGCAGUUACUGCCAUUGAAUUCCAGAACUUUGAAUUGACAAUCACUGACAAAUCACCAAAUUUAGCAACAGCUGCCUUGUCUUCUUCCUCUGUUCCAUUUACAGCCAACCCAGAAGGCAAUAUAGAUGCUUCCACUUUACGUACAUUGACUAUGCUUAGAGGAUUUGCUACAGAAACAUAUUUAGCAUUUGUAUUCUGGUCAAUGCUUACCUCGUUGGCUCUCUUGAUAUGGUACUUCCCAUUAUGGUAUAUGGGUAUUUCAGGCUAUGAAGCAUUCUUGCUUAUCACCUUACUUCCAGUAUUCCUUGCCAUUCGACCUUUAAGACGACUUGUAUACAAAUAUCGUGGACUUGUUCACUUGAUUUCCUUGGUAGGUGUUGCUUCCUAUCUCAAAGUUGACCCUGUCUGGCGCUUAUCCUUGUCUGCAAUUGGCAUUGGCUUGAGUUUGACGGCCUGGAUUGCCGGAUGGAUUGAAUCCAAUGGUCAAACUGGAGAACUUGAACGCUCCGUUCUCAUCUGGGGACUUGGUCUGAUCAUGCACUGCGUUGUCAAGAUGGCCUGGUACACAGAAAAUCCCAUUUGGCCAAUCAUGAAUAGACAAAAUGGAGGUCUGAACGAUGUCGGCCUUGUAUUUGGUGUUGUUGCAUCCGUUGAUGUCCUAUUGCGUGAUUUUUCAAAUGGUCAUCGUUCAGAAUCAAGUAAUGAAUCUGCUGUUAGAUAUCCUGGUAGCUCUCUCUUCGCUGGAUUAGGCUUUGGUAGCUUACUGUUUGCACUUCAUUCGAUGUAUACCGAUUCUUCUACGAUCAUGCGUUGGACAGUAGAUGGAUAUCCAAACUAUGGUCCUGACCCAGUACCAUGGGGUAUUGCCACUAUUGCUGCUCUUGGCAUAGGUCUUGCUAUUUCACCUUAUCGACGACUGACGACCAGUUUUGGAUGGUACACCGUUGGUGCAGCCUCUUGCGCAAUCUUUUACAUUUAUUCUUCAUGGACAGCAUUUUAUGGUGGUCUUGUCUUGGGCACUUAUUUGACAUCCAUCACGCCUGCCAUGACCCGUGGUCUGUCUACGCAAUCACCUUUUAUUACCUUAUUCUCUGCAUUCAUGUCAUACAAUAUAUUGUGCUUGGCACAUGUCUGGGUUGUUGCUUAUGAAUUUGUGCCUGGUGGCGUCUAUGCUCGUGAAAGAACUGAUGUCAUCCUUUGCUCAGUUAUGCUCUUGAUUGGUUUGGGUGUCUUCAACGCAAACAAGCAAGCAAGACAAGAUAUUCAAAAGAGACUGGCCCAGUUCCAUAUACUGAAGCACGCUCGAUUCACGACUCGUAUAUUAGUUGCCUUUUUUAUUGGACUUUCUACUUUGGUGUCAACGCAUCGUCUGAUGAAUACCAUAUCACCUGCGCCUUAUACAACCUCCGAAAAGUCAUUCACUGCUGGUAUUUGGACUAUUCAUUUUGCUUUAGACAAUGAUAUGUGGGCUAGUGAACGCCGCAUGCGUGACGCCAUUCGUGACCUUCAGUUGGAUGUUGUUGGUUUCCUUGAAUCUGAUACGAUGAGAAUUAUCAUGGGUAACCGUGAUUGGGCACAAUCUAUUGCAGAGGAAUUAGGUUACUACCUUGAUUUUGGACCUGCAAGCAUGAAACAUACUUGGGGUUGCUUAAUGCUUUCCAAGUUCCCUAUCAUCAAAUCAGAACACCAUCUUUUACCUUCACCUGUAGGAGAACUAGCAUGCGCCAUUCAUGCCACUUUGGAUGUUUAUGGUCAGCCUGUGGACUUUAUUGUCAGUCACAACGGACAGGACGAAAACUACAAUGAUAGAAUUCAACAGACGACCAAAUUGGCAGAGAUUAUGCGCACUAGUCCAAAUCCAUUUGUGUUCCUUGGCUAUGUAGUCACCAAGCCACAACAAGAAAUUUAUCACUUGCUCUUUGAUGGUGGUCAGAUCAAUGACAUUGACCCUACCGAUUGGGAUCGUUGGUGUGAGUAUGUAGGUUACAGAGGCUUGCGUCGUGUUGGUUAUGCUCGUAUCAGUCAUGGGGGCAUUACAGAUACAGAAAUUCAAUCUGGUAAAUUCCAAGUGGUCGAUAAUCCAAAGGAUUACUGGAAGGCGUCUUAUGAUCGUAUUCCUGAGCAAGAAGUUAAACCAGAACUAAGAUAUCCUUCCAUGUUUUAUGGACAGGGAGUACGUGGACACAGAUACCAUGUAUUCGAUGAACCUCGUUAUUUCAGAAACUGAUAGAAUAGUAGUAAUAGUAGUAGUAGCAGUAACAAUAAUAAACAGUACAUCCUUUAUUUCUCUGUAACUGCGGUCCGUGUGAUGAUGUGCUGGGUUACACUUGUCUAUAAAAAGCAAAGAGCAGAA